GGCGAGAUCUGGCUGUUAUGUAGUAACAAACUAUUAUUCAACACAAAUCGAUCGCAAAUUGUCAUCCGCGUUCAAACCUAACUUUUUUCUGUUUGAUUUUACAUAAAGUUUUUAUAUAAAAUUAGAGAAGAGUAUACGAUUUAUAAUUUCAUUAGACAAUAGUACAUUUCUAAUAAAUAAAAAAUCAAGGAUUUUAUAUAUAUAUACGUCUAUGUAUAUAUAUAGAGAAUGAGAGGGAUAGAGGGAAAGACAAAUGUAUAUCUCUAAUGCCAUGUAUGACUAAAAGUGAAACAAUUGAGCGUCAUGUGCGGCACGCACGAUCCUACCACGCCGACGAACGUCGUCACCGCGGACGCGAAUGCACGCAAUAUGACGUGCACGCGUCGGUUGUUGGCGCUACCGGUGUUCGCCUCCGUAUCCUCGGCCCUUCGCAACGCUUACGCGAUUACGAAGAAUUCGCACGAGUCGGUCGCGGCGAUAUUAGGCAGCGCGGAGGACGGGAUGCGCGCGGGAUGCGACUUUGCGAGCCCCGUGACCGGCAGAAUCGCCGGUGUUUUGGAAACGCCGUUUACGGCGAUAGACAACGCGGUGUGCGUCGGGUUGGAUUUCGUGGAGGAGAGGAUGCCCUCCGUGAAGCUGCCGCCCGAUCAGAUUUAUGAGAGCAUGAAGGACGGCAUCAGGAAUAUGUUUACAUCAGCGUUAGAAACAUUGAGAGUUUUGUUUGGUGGGACAAAGAACCAAAUAGAAGACUUGUCAGUUGCGAGCGAGACUGCACAAGAGGAAAUCCGGAAAGUGUCUAGUUGAAUAGCCAAAAUGAUUCGCACAAUCGACGUAUUUUUGCCAUAAGAUAUAUCAUUUGCAAUGUUUUAAACCGAUUCAUUUGCCAUUACAGGUCGUAAAUAAGAUAAUAUAAAACAUUGCGAGAUAUAAAAAUUAAUCGAGAGCAUGAUAAUAACUGUCUUGCUGAGUUGCAAUGCAAUUGUCUUAAUGACAAAAGUGGUAUUCGUCAGAUGAAUGUGAGGUGAUAUCCUGAAAUUAAGGACAAUGAAUGGUCGCAAAUGGAUAUCUGAUGUCGAGAUAUCUUUGUACAUACAAUAUACAUAUAUACAUAAUUUUGUGUUGUUACUUAAAUAAACCUUAUUUCUGUUCUUCAA